AUGCACCCUGAGUGGUCCUGUCCUAGUAUAAAUCAGGCGCAGAGCAUUGAUAGUGUCUCGCCGGAGAAUUCUUGGCAAGAUGUCAAUCAAAUCUUUAGUCAAACUCCUCGAGCACAGGUUAUAAGUUCUAUCAACCUAUUCCGUGCUCAAUUUCCCGAGUUUGGAUUUCUCCAUGCAGACGACCUCGAAUAUCGUGAGGAUGACCUCUCUGUCGUCCAGAAACUUCGCCUCCUCGCCAUCGUUGCAGUGUCGCAUCGAUACAUAGAGACAAACGCUACAGAAACAAAUAACCGAAACAUCUUAUUCAUAGCCAGCGAGGCACAGAAGAGAGUAACAAGCGGUCCGAGCCUCGUCCUCAUACAAACCUUCCUCAUCCUCUCACUCUGCAACUGGGGCGACGGCGAUGGCUUCAACGCAUGGAUGCACUGCGGUAUGGCCACGAGAAUGGCGCAAGGGUUACUCAGCACUGGCUUCGCGAGCUGUGGUAAAAGGGAAACCCUUUCGGAACUUGAGAAAAGGACUUUGUGGACAUGCUUCAAGAUGGACAGACUGUUGAGUUGUGGGAAAAGACGACAGGCUAUGUUUCCUGAUGAAGAGAUGCACUUCUCGCUACCCGUCAACGAUACACAGUUUCUCUUUGGUCAAGAAUCCCAACCUUCUCCUUUAGAUGGCAGUCUGCGUAGCUACGGUCCUGAUGACCAUCUUGUUCUUCUCAUCCAGGGUCUGCGUAUCUGGUCGAGGGUUCAUACGUGGAUUGCGGAGGGCGGCAGAAGACAGCCCGGUAUGACGGAGCCGGAACAAUGUCCUUUCAACGAGACUUCACAGUGGCAUAAUAUGAAGCAGGACUUACUCAAGUGGAGGGAGUCUCAAGAUGCGUUGAUGAAAUACCCCGGUACCAAGGUAUCGGUGCAUGCUCAGCGUGGACAGGCCGAGAGAUUUGGGUAUAUCAACUUAGUAUACUACGUCAGUCUACUCUUCCUCUGCCGAGAAUUCAUCCCCUUCAGUCCCGUAGACGAAGUCAAACCCCGCGGGCCCAUCGAGCCGCCUCUCCUAAAAGCAAGAGGCCCAGAUGAAUUCUGGUCCCAAAACACCUUCGAUCUCUAUGACGCCGCAACUCAAAUAUCAUCUCUGCUCACAGAUCUAGAACACGUAGGCUGUCCACUUCGUACGCCGUUCUCCGGGCUGUGUGCGUUCUCCUCAACGCUCUGGAGUAUCUACGGCUCAGCGUUUCCAAACUUCAUGGGCUUCUCGGAAACUCAAACUACAGAGGCGAAUGCGCAAGCUGAGAGGACUAUGGCGUGUCUUGUGAGAAUUGGCAAGGUUUGGAGACUGGCGGAGGAGUGGAUCGAUGUGCUUAAUACAGCGGAGAGUAUCAUGACACGUGUGAGUGAAGGUAGACGGGUUAAGCGCUCGCGGUAUGAUUAUCCAGAGUUGGAGGACUCUAUUCACCUGGCGCCAUUACAAGGGAUGCCUCGGUUGACGUUUGAUCCGCUCACUUCAGCGUCUGUUAACUCUGCGGGUGAUGAUGUCUCAAAGUUGCAUCAGUUGGUGGCAGGGGACGUAGAGGCAGGGACGGAGGCGCAAGAUGGGUUUCUUGUUCUGGAGGAUUCGAUGAGCGGGAGUGAGUUUGUGGGGGAGGAUUGGUGGAGGCUUUUGUCGUUUUGUGAUGAUCCGCAUCUUCUUUCGACGAAUAUUGAUGCCAUUGGGGGUGAUAAUGUAGGCUAG